AUGCCAGACAUUACAUCUCUCGACAGCGAGACUGUCAACAUUGACCCUAACCUACAGGACCAGGAAGACACCGGUGAUACAAUCCCAGGCCAUCCUCUAGGAGUCAAACCAAGUGGCAACGCCUUGCUUGCCACCGAGAACCUCCGGGAUGCCAUCGGGACCUUCAGCAUCCUCCCAGACGAGCUGAUCUUGAUCUUAUUGGAAUUCCUCGAUGGUCCCAGUCUAUUACGCAUCGGACGUACAUGUAAGGCAUUCUAUGCGUUCACCCAAGCGGAGGAAUUAUGGAAGGGUCUCUUUUCCUGGUCUCCUCCUGCUUCAUUCACAUGGAGAAAAACAUGGCGCGCAACAUACCUCAACCUUCCACCCUCCCAAGUCCCCAGCCUAGACUGUUCCCACUUAUACUCUGACGCCCUCCAUCGACCCUUCUACUGCGCGCACAUCUCGUUAGAGCCCUUCGUCCGUAAUAUCCCUGCCAGAAACCAAAUCGCGCGCCUUCCAGACCUCACACCUGAAGAAUUCCACAAGGAAUGGACAGACAGACCGUUUAUCCUGACGGAACCCGUGAAGCAGUGGCCGGCAUAUCAGCAAUGGACGACGGACUCGUUACUCGCCAAGUAUGGGGAUACGGUAUUCCGCGCGGAGGCUGUCGACUGGCCGUUCAAGGCAUACGUCGAUUACAUGCAGAACAAUUCAGACGAAAGACCACUUUAUCUAUUUGACCGGGCGUUCGUAUCCAAGAUGGGGCUUAAGGUUGGACACAUCGAUCAAGAACCCGAGACGACAUACUGGACGCCCCCCUGUUUCGGAGAAGACUUCUUUUCGGUCCUCGAAAACGACCGCCCAGAUAGACAAUGGUUGAUUAUCGGCCCUGAACGCUCUGGAAGCAGCUUCCACAAAGACCCCAACGCCACUAGCGCCUGGAACGCUGUUGUCCGCGGCUCCAAGUACUGGAUUAUGUUCCCGUCGUCGUCGAAAUUGCCCCCUCCUCCGGGUGUUUAUGUUUCUGAGGACCAGAGCGAAGUGACCUCUCCUCUCAGUAUCGCGGAGUGGCUUCUCACUUUCCACGCUGAGGCGCGGAGGACAGCAGGUUGCAUUGAGGGAAUAUGCGGAGAAGGCGAGAUCCUCCAUGUGCCAUCGGGAUGGUGGCAUCUCGUUGUGAAUUUGGAGCCGGCUAUUGCUAUUACGCAGAACUUUAUCCCCCGUGGACAUUUGAGCGCGGCCCUCGACUUCUUGUAUAACAAAGCAGACCAGGUUUCCGGAUUCCGGAAGGAUGUCACGAACCCCUACGAGCGGUUUGUAGCGAGGAUGCAAGAAAAAUACCCAGAUCUGCUGGAACAAGCAUGGGAAGAACUGAAGAAGAAAAAUGAAGGCAAGAAGCGCAAGUGGGACGAGAUUGUCCAUAACAAGACGGAAGAGGAGGGUCCUGAAGAGGCCGAAGGGGGUGGCUUCAGCUUUGGAUUCGGCGAUGAUAGCGAUGUGGAAGUUCCUUGA